CACCGCCGGUCCCGCCAGUUACGAUCCUGUGCUCCGCGCGCUCGGCAGCAGUCUGACGUACGCCUGCUUCUUGCCCCGGCGUCUCCGCCGCAUCCCGGAGCACGGACUCGCACGCGUGCUUCCGCCGCGCUUUUGUUGUUUUAUUUUUCUGUACCUGGAUUACGGCCCGAGCCUCGUGCCACUUCCUCUGCGCGGGAGGUCACGUCCCUAUGACCACAAUACGCAACUCUCGACUGAGAUAAGAAGCCGGGGACAUGAUCAGUUGAACGAGGACCCUGCCUCAGCAGACCAUGUGUCACUUCUGCUUCAGAGUCCUAAGCUUCGUCAGCCUGUUCUACCUGACAGUGUCACAAAAUCCACCGGUCUUCAAAAAGGAUGAUGAACGGACACUGUACGAGGUGAUGGCCGGCGCCACGGUGCGGCUCCGGUGCGUCGUCUCGGGACAGCCGCGGCCCUACUUGGUCUGGUACCACGAAGAGAGCGAGCUGACGAGCACGCCACGCGAGAACGUCCGCGUGUCGCGUCACACGCUCACCAUCCAGAACGCGCAGCCACGCGAUGCUGGCCGCUACUUCUGCAAGGCGAACAACGGCCUCGGCGAAGCCUGGAAGAACUUCACUCUGCGAGUCGAAGUCCCUUCUCGAGACCAAGCAAAAGCCCCGGACAACAUUCUUUACACGAGAAAUGCAAGUGCGGUUACCGCGCCUUCUGUCGAUGAAACGACAGAAAUCACGGAAAAGCUAGAGCCACCGACGUUCGUAAAGGUGAAUCCGCAGUUGGUGGUGCAGCCUGCCGGAAGCAACGUGGUGUUGCCAUGUAUCGUCAAGAGCAACCCACCGGCGAACAUCACGUGGCUCAAGAACGACCAACCACCAACGCGACUUCUGGGAAAAAAGGUUAUUUACCGGACACACAAAUUGUCAUUGAAUGACGUCAUGGUGUCCGACGCGGGCAAUUACACCUGCACGGCCAUCAAUUCUUUGGGCAACAUCAGCUACACCUACACUGUUGAAAUCAAAGAACGAAUUCCACUUCGGCCAAUCAUUUACGAGGACUCCAUCCAGAACCUGACCGUGUACGCCGGACAGCAAGCACGCUUCGAAUGCCGCUUCAUAAGCGACCUGCAGCCGCACAUUCGCUGGCUGCGGCAUUACUCCGUGAACGGCUCAUACUUCCAGAACGACGACGAGACUACUCCUUACGUCAGUGUCGUUCAGAGUGCGAAUCAGAGCAUAUAUGAUCCUCGAGUCCUCGUGAUCGACAACGUGACGAUGGAUGACGAAGGCUGGUACACUUGUCUAGUUGGCAAUAGCGUUGGCAUCAGCAACAAGAGCGUCUAUUUGAAUGUUGAGCCAUUGCCGCAACCCGAGAAGUCCAGCUUCACGAUGACGCUCCUCAAGCAUCCAUGGAUGUUGGCGCUGGCCACUGUGCUGGGCGUGAGCGCCGUUGUGGGCGUCAUCACCACGCUCGUCUGCCGCUCUGCCAUGCUGUCACUGCAGCAGAAGCUCGAUGUAGCCCAGAAGCAGCAUGUGGUCGUCCGCAAGAAGGUCAUCCUCGAGCGCCAGAUUUCGGAUUCUGGGCACUACGAAGACUCAUCAGUAGCCCCACUGGUCAAGAUCGACCACCAGAGGGGCUUCAUGCCUUCGGAACUGAACACCGUGUGCGAAUACGAGUUGCCUCUGGACCCCGAAUGGGAAUUUCCCAGAGAAAGGCUGGUCCUCGGCAAGCCUCUGGGAGAAGGAGCAUUCGGCCAAGUGGUCAAGGCAGAGGCGUACGGCCUUGGCGACAAGGAAGGACCCACAAUCGUAGCCGUGAAGAUGCUGAAAGAUGGGCAUACUGACAGCGAAAUGGCCAACCUCGUUUCCGAGAUGGAGGUGAUGAAGACCAUCGGAAAGCACAUCAACAUCAUUAACCUGCUUGGAUGCUGCACCCAAGACGGCCCACUUCAAGUGAUAGUCGAGUACGCUGCCCAUGGAAACCUCCGCGACUUCUUGCGCACCCACCGUCCGAGCUCUGGUUACGAGCAAGCUAUUGGGGCUGACUUGAAACCAAAGACGUUGACGCACAAGGACCUGGUCUCGUUCGCCUAUCAAGUCGCUCGUGGGAUGGAAUACCUCGCCUCGAAAAAGUGCAUUCACCGUGAUUUGGCAGCGAGAAACGUGCUAGUCGUGGAGAACAACGUUAUGAAGAUUGCUGACUUCGGUCUGGCGCGUGACUUGCACAACAUCGACUAUUACAAGAAGAAAUCAGACGGACGUCUACCUGUCAAAUGGAUGGCUCCGGAAGCCCUGUUCGAUCGGGUCUACACCACACAAAGCGACGUAUGGUCUUAUGGCAUCCUUCUGUGGGAGAUCAUGACACUCGGUGGCACACCGUACCCGUCUGUGCCCAUCGAAAAGCUGUUCCAGUUGCUCAGAGACGGACACAGGAUGGAGAAACCGCAGGGCUGUUCGCUUGAAGUGUAUGUGAUAAUGAGGGAAUGCUGGAACCAGUCGCCAUACCAGCGGCCAACCUUCACGGAACUCGUAGAGGACCUCGACCGGAUCUUGACCUUCGCCACGGACCAGGAGUACCUGGACCUGUCUAUUCCCGUGCUGGACACGCCGCCCAGCUCCUCCGAGAGCGACUCCUCUCUCUCCUUCGCCGCGCACCACACGGCCGUGUGAAGAUGCGGCCGAGCCCUAGUCGCGCGACUGCUCCCCCGGCCUCUCGGCGCCCGCCCUGGCCACCCGCUGCUAGACAGCCUGUCCUGCGCAGUGGUGCUCGCUUUCGGCGCGAGGCAGCGUCCUCUGUAAAAAGCUGUGAAUAGUUGGAUGUAAAAUGAAAAGUUGAUGUUAUUUAUUAUGUAAGUAUCGCUCGUUUCAGGGAUAUGACUUCAUGCACAUUACUGUCACGCGGAGCAGCGAACUCGCGCUGGAUCGCGUUAGAUUUCAAAGGUGCCGCAGAGGACACAAUAUAUUUAGCUUAGCUUCGAGCGAGCUUAACGUGACCGCACUGAGCGGGUAUUCCUGCUAUUUUCUCCCAAGUGCAAUGGUCUCCCAAGUGCAAUGGCCGUUUCCUCAAUGCGCCCAAAUGUUCAACAAUGUAGUACGUUGCUCUCUCCAGUUCGCACCGCACGGGCAGCUGGAAAUCGUCUUUCUUCCGGUGUCCCGCCAGCUGUUCACGUGCAGUGGUCCGUUUUUCAGUACCCCACAGCAGUUUACUUCACCCCUGCCUCCCAGACACCACCGCCAUAGGUAUCGCAUAGAGGCACCUUCCAAACGGCGGAGUUUGAACGAACGCCGAAUAGCUAUCUGUAGACGUCCAUGUUGUACUUGCGAGGGAAAGAACACUUUCCAAACCUCACAAAACGAUGUAUCGUUAUACAUUUUAUUUCCGAACAAAUCCCACGCGCUCGCUACUAGCGUGUGCGUCCCUGCCUCUCUCUGAACCUGAUAGCUUAAAGCUCCGUCCGCCUCGACUGCGAACAAAGGCAGAAGCCGAGGCGUACUACAUCGUGCUUAUGCGAUGCCCGCAAAGACGUCCAAACGAAAGCCAGCGCGCUAAGCCAACAGGAACGCCACAAGCGCGCAUCUCAUGCCGGUUCCAGCACAAGCACGGCGGACCGGAUGUGAGAUGUACGCGCAGAGAGUUGAAUUAACUAGAUGCCCUUGCUUGGCGAAUGCUGAAUUUGGCAAGUAGCUCUGCAAGCGUCGCAUACCCGUAGACUGUCGCAGUUCGUCUACAAAGCGCGCUCCUCUUGAGAGCGUCACAAUCGCGCUGACCGCUGAACCUCCAACUGUAUGUUGCCACCGUCAAUGUCUCGUACUGAUCAAACAGGGCCGUGCAAAAGGCAGACAUUUGUCAUUAUAUAAACUGCCUAAAGCUGUCAGGACGUAUUAUACAAUGUCAGAAUCGUAACUCCCCUCCGUGUCAUGAGCAGCGAAAAAAAAAAUGCAAGCAGCUCUUCAGUGACAGUGAACUUAGCCCAGUGCCAUUUUGAGGUGCAAUGGCUCUCGGGUGAGAUCCAACGGUGCACCUCGGCUUUUCAGCAGGCUGCCGCAACGCUGUAGCUUCCUUGCACUGUUGGCCAACCGUGUUAAAGAACAAGGAGUCUGUGAGAAUAUUCCAGCCUGUAAGUGAUUGCAUGUAAAAUAAAAUAUUGGCAUGUGAAAAGAGCCCCACGUUUUUCUAUGCCCUCAUUUGAAACGUCACGAAAAAAAAAAAGAACACUGAUAAUAGAGAAUAAUUAGCCAUGAUAGUCCUCUCAAGCAGCUAGAUAUUUAUUACCUAAUAACAAAAUACUUGCAGGAUUCAAGUCAUGGUGGUUAAACAAUUGGUUCAAACUCUUCUUCACGAUGUUUUCCAGCAAGACUGAAGACUUCAACAAACCAACGUCCUUUCAUAAUUUUCUGGCACCAAACAACGCAAUUUUGCACGGCCUUGUCUUGUGCAGUGUUUGCAACAGUGUUUAAGAAUGUAAGUGCAAUGCGUGAAAUACAUCGCUGUUUACGAAUAUUGCGCAAUCCGCUUCUGUAGACACAACACACAGUUGGUCAAACACGCUCUUGUCAGUCUGUGUGCGCGGGAAAUGUGUCAACUACGUGACUUACCAUGUACACGCAGCCAGUCGGUAACACUGAAAAAGAUUUUAUUUUUCACAUUGACAUUUGUUGAGAGAGAGAGAGUACAAAUAAUGUUGUCAUGCUCAUCAUGUGUUGGCAUUUAUGUAAAUACCACCUCUUUGCUGUCCACACUUGUUUUGGUUUCUGUAAAAUAAAAUCUGCUUCACAAAUUGA